CCCAGCCAGGCGCUCACACAGGAUCGCUGAAUGCUGCAGACUUCGAGAUGACCGGCCAGGGUCAGCGUGGCACUAGCCCCGGCCGCUCCAAGAGGGCCGGCGGAGGCGGCGGGGGCGGCGACAGCAGGGGGUCGCGGCGGCAGGGCCCCGCUUCCAGGGGCAGCUCUCCCGGCAACAGCACCGGCGGAUCGCUGCCCGGCUCCAGGGGCGCCGAGAGCAGCUCCAGCUCGGACCUGCUGGAGGUGAGCGCCACCGGGUCGCUGAGGUCGCCCUCCACUCCAGAGGACAACAUCAACGUCGUCGUGCGAGUGCGGCCGCUGAGCAAACGGGAACUCAAAUCGGGCGACAACUCGGUGGUGCAGUUCCCGGGCAACGGACAAGUCGUGCUGAACGCGCUGGAGUGCGCGGCGGCGCUGGGCGGCAGCGUGCGGCCCAAGGUGUUCUCGUACAACGCCGUGUUCGAGCCGGCGGCCACGCAGGAGGACGUGCUGCAGUACUCGGGCGUGACGCGCCUCAUCGACAUGGCCGUCGACGGCUACAGCUGCACCUGCUUCUGCUACGGACAGACCGGCUCCGGCAAGACGCACACCCUCACCGGGCCUCCCGGACUCUUCGACCAGCGGCCCAACCCGUACUCGGAGGACCACGGGCUGGUGUUCCGGUCGUUCGUGCACCUCUUCAAGCUGCUGCAGGAGCGCCGCGACUGCCACUUCGUUCUCAAGGCUUCCUUCCUCGAGAUAUACAACGAAAAGGUGAUUGACCUGCUGAACCCGGGAUCGGCGCGGAAGCCGCUGGCGGUGCGCUGGUCCAAAAAGACGCGCAGUUUCUUCGUGGAGAACCUGUUCAGCGUCGACUGCGAGACCCUCGAUGACCUACUCGCCGUGCUCGAGGAAGGUAUGAGGAACAGGUCUGUGGGCAGGCACAACAUGAACGAGUACUCGAGUCGCAGCCACACCAUCCUGACGGUGCACAUCACGUCAGAGCAGCAGGUCGGCAAUGAAGGAGUAUUUUUAACGAAGCAGGGUAAAAUCAACUUCGUGGACCUGGCCGGUAGCGAGAUGACGAAGAAGACACACAGCGAAGGCAAAACGCUCGAGGAGGCCAACAACAUCAACAAAAGCCUCAUGGUGCUCGGGUACUGCAUCGCCUCGCUGAGCGACAGCAGGAAGAAGGCGGGCCACAUCCCGUACCGGGACAGCAAGCUCACCAAGCUGCUAGCAGACAGCCUCGCCGGCAGCGGAGUAACGCUCAUGAUCGCGUGCAUCUCACCGGCGCGGUCCAACGUGACGGAGACACUCAACACGCUGCGCUACGCCGCCAGGGCCAAGAAGAUCCGCACGCAGCCCAUCGUCGUCAUGGACCCUCGCGAGGCGCUGAUCCUGAGCCUGAAGCGGGAGGUGGCGUCGCUGCAGGAGGAGAACGAGCACCUGCAGCACGCGCUACACCUGCACGCCGCCGCCGCCGCCGCCUCGGCCGCCGGCUCCACGGCCGCCGCCAAUGACUUCCUUCAAGGAACUUUACGUUCGGUGGACCCGCGGUCUCCGGCGCCGGACGCGUCCGCGCUGGCGGGCAUGGAACGCGAGGAGCUGGUGGAGCUGGCGAGGCACUACGUGGCCGAGAACGCGGCGCUGCGCAGGGAGAACCUCGAGCUGUUCAGCACGCGCGAGCUACUGCUGCGCGACCAGGAGGUCGUCUGCCGCGAGAACGAGCGGCUCCUCAAGAAGCUCGAGGACGUCAACUCGGUGUGCUGCCGUUCGCCCAUCAUCCCCGCGCGGCCGGCCUACUCCGCAGAGAUGCUGGCCGCCUCCAUCAACGGCAACGGCCCAGAGGCGUCAGCGGGCGGUCAGGCCACCGGGUCAGCGGUUUGGUCCAGCCCGACGCCGGAGGCUGCCAAGAACAACCGAAGAUCGGCGAAGCCACCACACAGAUUACCAGAUUCCAUACAGAAAGAACUUGAGCGAAGAAGAAUUGGCACCAGCAGUAUGACGAACAUCGCGGACUCGUUCCGAGAGCGCAGCCACCGGCGGCACAACUCGUGGGAGGAGUCUGGCGGCGGCGGCGGCGGCGGC